GUGUCACCCAUCUAAAAUGAAACCACACAGAAAAGGCGUCUCGGAGGAGUUUGGAAAAGGACCGGGACGCAUCAGCUAAUGCACACUAGUUUUUUCAUGCAUUGAAGGAUGCAAAGAAAAUCCACCUGAAAAUCAACCUAUAUAUUUAAAGGCGAAAAUAAAAGAAUGCAAAGCUGCAUACAAGCUGGUUUCCCCAUGUGUUUUGGAUUUGAAAAUGGUGACAUGUCAAGUAUUACUGAUCCUUCUGUUCCUUGAGUCUGUGACGGCAAGCUCCUGUCCCCACCAUUGUGCUUGUUCUCCAUCAGAUCAGACCCCACUAAAAGUGGACUGCAGCUUCAGAGAACUGACAACACUUCCCCACCUACCCAGCUCAACACAAGAACUGUACCUCCAGGAAAACAAACUGGAAACAAUACAUUCAGGAGCAUUUGAUAAUCUUCAGAUGCUGAAAGUCAUCAAUUUAUCUAGCAAUCCAUGGCACUGUGACUGCAGAAUUCUAUAUCUGAGAAACUGGUUAGAGGACCAAAUGGAAAGUAUGCGUAUUAGUCAUGUGAGGUGCUUCACUCCUCCUUCACUUCACAAAAGACCUAUAUCUGAGCUAAGAAAGAAUGAACUUCCUUCUUGUUCCACAUCCCAAAAACUUUGUUCAGAUUUCUUGCUCAAUGAUGCACCACUCUUCAUUUUAGUACUCAUUACUGUCUUGCUUUGUGGUUUCUUAAUGACAAGGAAGACUAAAUUUAAAGUAGAGGUUUGCAGAAGCAGCACAAAAAUCCACAGCAUAUUACCUUCAACUUCUUAUCAGCUGAAAAGAAGAAUGGGAAGAGGAACAAGCAAUUCAUCAUUGCUAGUGACUAUUGUGCAUUAGACUGCCAAACAUGAAGAAGGGUAAACAAAUUAUUUCUGUUGAUCAUUAAAAGUCAAGUGGUAAACUGAAAACAGUGGCUAUUAUUGACUUUUCAUUUUAAGGAAAGGGAACUCAUCAAGAAUAUGCCCUUUGAGCAAAAACCAUAAUAUGCAACUGUUUAGUCAAAUCCAAAAGAUUUUAUUAUCCUUAUUUUAAUCUUUAUAUUUUUGCUUUACAGUGCAUAUUGUGAAAGCAUCACCUGCAAGCUAGAUUGCUUCGUAGUACAAAGAUCAGACCCAU